AUGCCUUUUAACGAGGACGACACGCACGAAUUCAGGUGCUUUUAAUUAAUUUGAUUCUUUUUUGAGCGGUUCAUGAUAAUGAUGCAUGGGUUAGAUGCUAUUGAAUUUGUUUUUUGACAGACAUUGCAAGGAAACUAAAGGUCUUUCGUCAAGUGUUAUAGCAAGGUAAAAUACCUUCAUGUAAAGCUGUCGUGGUUUGUGUCUGAACUAUCUGAAAAUAUUAAAAACAUUUCGACGUUUCUAUCGAGGGCCUUUCGUUGGUUAUAAGGCUAUAGGGAUGGUUACUGGCCUCCUGAAGAUCGUAUUCAGGCAUAAACCACGACAGCUUGUUGUAGCAUACUACUUCCGAUACAUUUAAAGUCUUACAUUUAAAGUGUUAACGUAGUGUUGUCAUGGUUACAGGCCGGCGUGCGCGUUCUUAAAUGCUGGUAAAGGAGGAACAGUAUACUUGGGCGUAAAGAAAACUGGUGUCGUUUCUGGAGUUGAAAUUUCACGAAAAAGUGUAAGUAGCUCUUACUGGACCUCUAGGGAGAACAGUUUGGGAUUGAUAGAGCUUCCUUGUGUAAAGUUCGUUUAGUUUAGGUUUCCCCCUGUAGUAACACUGGAUCAAUAAGAGAUAAUCCUUACUGGACGUCUAAGGAGAACAGUUCAGAACUGAUAGAGCUAUCCAGUAUAAAUAAAAAUAGCUUAGUUUAGGUUUCCUCCUGUAGUAACACUGGAUCGAUAAGAGAUGAUCCUUACUCGGGACCUCCAUGAAAAUAGUUUAGAACUGAUAGAGCUAUCCAGUAUAAAUAAAGUUAGUUUAGUUUAGGUUUCCUCCUGUAGUAACACUGGAUCGAUGAGAGAUGAUCCUUACUGGACCUCUAGGGAAAACUGUUAAGAACUGAUGGAGCUAUCCAGUAUAAAUAAAGUAUAUAUAGUUAAGUUGGGUUUGUAACCUUGUUCUUUUUUCGAAACCUCAGAGAGAUCGUCUACGUUGUGGUGUUGAUGAAUUGUUGAACGAAUUUCGACCUGCAGUAAGAUAUGACAAAUAUCAGGUAAAGUUCAGCAAUGUGGUGGUGUCACGUGGUUAGUGCGUGUGUCUUUCACACAGUUGUUUGGAGUAUGCAAUUUCACCUCGCCCAGAGUCACAUGCAUGAGAAGAGUGUUUCAGUGUGACUCUACCAAACACCAAAGGUUUUCUCCAGGUACCCCACGGUUUCCUCCUAUAAUGACACUGUAGCAAUAAGGGGUGGCUCCAUAGACAUCUAUCUAUGGGUGGCUCUUACUAAAUCUCCACGGAGACAUUCAGCCCGAACGAACUGAUAGAGCUAUCCAGUAUAAAUAAACUUUUAAACAUUUCUUCUCAGGUCAGUUUUGUUCCAGUGGCCGAAGAGGAAAGUGCACAAAAUAGAAGGUACAUAAGCGGCUGAAGAUUGUUUCGUAUAGAUUUAAAAACUCGGCCAUCAAUGCCUAAAGUGAAGAUUGUGCAGCUUAAGAAAUAUGGCGCUGAACUAGAUUUCCUAAAGAUGAGAAUUUAAAUCUCUUGUAUAUACUUAAAAAUGCCAUUCUGUGUUGCCUUGCGAUAACAUUUUGAAUAGUUUUUUAGUAUAAACAUUUUGAAUAGUAUUUGUAAACUAUUUUCUAGGAGAAAUAUUGAAAUUAUCCCGGAUGUUUUUGUUAUCGAAGUAUCUUUCAACAAGUGUUCAGGAACCGUUCAUACUACUAGCAAGAACAAGUAAGAAAUAUUGGGGGAAAAUAUUAAUGUAUCAGUCAAGGAAAAAUACAAUACUUUUCUUUUAUCCAUCUUAAUGGUCGUUCAUUCUGUCUUCUGUAGAUGCUAUUUCCGUUGUGGAAAUGCGAACAGCGAGGUAUUCUAUGUUUAUUUUUAUUGAAACAAUGAAAAUGAAUGUCACACAGUAUUGUGUGAAUAAAAUUGAAAUUAAACAACGAUACAGUAGGCCUACUUUCUGCUUUCUUUUAACAGUAUUCAAUUCAAGACGUGAGAAAAUGGGUGAUACGUGAACAAGAGACAUUUUAUAACGACCAGAUUAAUAUGUACGUAUAUACCAAUCACAUACUACUUUUCACUAAAACUAUUUACAAAAGAAAGAAAAGUGAUCUUCCAAUAGGCCGCAUGACCAGCUAGAACAAAUAAACUAUAUUUGCUAAACAAAUAUUAAAACAGAUGAUAAUUGAAUAAACUAUGUUAGAAAUAAUUAGCAAAUUUAUUGCAUUGUCGAGAUCAAUUUUUAAAGGAUUGUAUAGGCUGAUUUACACUUGAGUUGUACUGUAUAAACAAAGCAUGCAAUUCGCCUAUAAGUUGUCGUAGAUGAGUUGUGGUCUGGGGAUUCACACAGUACAACUCAAGUUGUAAGCAGGUUGCAACUUGCAUGCGACAGUUUAAGGCAAAAGUUGUGUAGUAUAAAUUGGUCUUACUGCUGCGGACUUUGCGAGCAAACUAUUCCAAACCACCGCUCCCCUGUAGCUUACAGUAAAAUGUUUUUCUUAAAAUUUGAUUGUUACGCAUUCAUUGUCUUCGUAUAGUGCUGUUGUCCUUUGUAUAAACAGUUCGGACCUUAUCUGGCAAACCAGAUAACCCAUUAUGAUUAAUUAAAGGCAUGAAUUUUUCGCUAUGUUUGAGCCACAACAGUUAUGACUUUUGAGAACUUUCCAAUGCCGAUAAAAGGCCAAUAUGCCCAAGAUAUUUUAUGCAUGAAGAAAUGAUCAGAAAUGUAUAAAUAUAGAACGAGAUAAGUCAAGUGUGAUAAUGGAUCAAAAAGAUGGAAACGUGUCCUUAAUCUUAAAAAUCUAUACUUAGAAAUUUUAAUUUUAAUAUUUGUGGAAAAAUCAUAUAUGAUUGAGAUUUUUUUCUUAAAUACUCUAUAUCGUUUUGGCGUUUCUAUUAGCGAUGAAAGGGACUACAGCUUAACAUGUGAAAAGAACAAUGUUUUUUUUGCAUGCUGAUGUUACUCUGAGUGUGUUGACUGUUUAUUCUGAGUGUGUUGAUUUCGCAACCAAACUUUGCGAUUUUACUCAUUUUAACAUGCUCUUUCUAGCUAUGGAUUUUGCUCUUCUUGCAUACCUAGAUCAAAAUUUAGUCUAUACCUGAAAUCAGCCAUUCCUACUGUGAUCACAGAAACUUUGACAUAUGGUCAAAACCAGCCUUAAGAUGCCGCAAUUUGUGUCUUAACUGUCUGCACGUCGAUGUUUCAAGUGAUGUUUUUCAUCCUAGUUCAAAUAUACAGACCACUAUAUGCAUGUUGUUGCUGAUAUGCGGAUUUAAAUCAACGAAAAAUCAUCCAUUUGUAUAGAAACGGGACUCUCGGCAUCUUAUCGUGUUUCUGUUGUUUUUUUUACAGACUCAAAAGAGAACUGUCUGCUUCAAAACAAAAGCUGGAAACAGAUGGAGUGCAUAAUUGCUUUUAAACACGUAUGUGCACUAUCUUCUUUCAUUAGCUAAUAGCUAUCUCUAAAUAUAGAUUUAUAAUUAGUUGAUCUACCACUGCAUGGGUCCGCUACCUGCAACCAUUUUGUUAUAUUAUUAUGCAGAGUAGAGUGCUCUCGGUAGGACUCUGCCAAACAUUGCAGGUUUUCUUCAGGUACGACUUCCUGUUUUGACAUUUAGCAAAUAAACCGUUAUACUACCAUAGAUUUUUAGGAAGAACAAAUAGAGCUACCCAGUAUAUAAAUAGUAUAGUAGUAUAGUUAUAUGUUUCCUCCUGUGAUGACACUGGAUCAAUGACCGUCCUUGCUGGAUCUCUAGGAAGAAUAGUUUAUCUAGUACAAAGUAGUUUAGUUUAGGUUUCCUUCCGUAGUAACACUGGAUCAAUAAAAGAUGAACCUUACUGGACCUCCAGGAAGAACAGUUUAGAACUGAUAGAGCUAUCCAGUAUAAAUAAAGUUAGUUUAGUUCAGGUUUCAUCCUGUAGUAACACUGGAUCAAUAAGAGAUGAACCUUACUGGACCUCUAUUAGAAGAACAGUUUAGAACUGAUAGAGCUAUCCAGUAUGAAUAAAGUUAGUUUAGUUUAGGUUUCCUCCUGUAUAGUAACACUGGAUCAAUAAGAGAUGAUCCUUACUGGACCUCUAGGAAGAACAGUUUAGAACUGAUGAGCUAUCCAGUGUGAAUAAAGUUAGUCUAGUUUAGGUUUCCUUCUGUAGUAACACUGGACCAAUCGGAGAUGACUCUUACUGGACCUCUAGGGUGAACAGUUUAGAACUGAUAGAGCUAUCCAGUAUGAAUAAAGUUAGUCUAGUUUAGGUUUCCUUCUGUAGUAACACUGGACCAAUCGGAGAUGACUCUUACUGGACCUCUAGGGUGAACAGUUUAGAACUGAUAGAGCUAUCCAGUGUGAAUAAAGUUAGUCUAGUUUAGGUUUCCUUCUGUAGUAACACUGGACCAAUCGGAGAUGACUCUUACUGGACCUCUAGGGUGAACAGUUUAGAACUGAUAGAGCUAUCCAGUAUGAAUAAAGUUAGUCUAGUUUAGGUUUCCUUCUGUAGUAACACUGGACCAAUCGGAGAUGACUCUUACUGGACCUCUAGGGUGAACAGUUUAGAACUGAUAGAGCUAUCCAGUGUGAAUAAAGUUAGUCUAGUUUAGGUUUCCGUCUGUAGUAACAAUGUUCAAUGAUCAGUACUUGUCCUCUAGGGAGAACAGUUUAGAACCAUUAAGUUUUCACAGUUUUCCCUAAUAAUUCUAGAUGCUAAUGAGUGCGAUGAUGGCGAAUCAAAUUGCCAUGGUUACGCAAUUUGUACGAACACGAUUGGCUCGUACACUUGUAAGUGCAGGCCUGGUUACCUGGGAAAUGGCCGUGAAUGCGCGUGUGAGUAUCUUAUUAAUAUAAUACUGAAAAUCAUAGUCUAUCAAGAUACGCUGGUCUGGAAACUAAACUGAAAUCAUUGUGUUUUGCUUUUGUCGGAGUUUAUGUUAAUUUGUGCACGGUCACGGUGAUUGAAUUGAUUGUGUUUUCGUAGAAUUAAGUAAUCGUCCAAUAGGGAUAGCUAAGAUGAAACGUGCAACCACGAUGAAUAACAUUUAGUAUAAUAAAUCUCACGAUUUACACGAUCAAAUAAAUUUUGAAUAAUAUCAAAAUACACUGGAAACUCAUUUGCAACUACAUACAGAGAAAGACCCAUUGCACUGACGUCACAAAUCUUUAGAGUGUCCUCCAGAUGCUCUCUAACAAUAUCUGUUCGGGUACAACAACCACGUACACUGAUACAGCGCAAAAAUUAAUCAUUUCAAUACAAAAUUAUUAUAAACUUUUACAAAAUUUGCAUUGUUUACAAAAGUUAUAUUAUACAUAGAUUGCUAAUUUGUCCUCCAGAUGCAUCGUCACCGGCACUGUGACGUCAUGUGCAAUGGGUCUAUAGACUAUAUCCAAAGCGUUUUUGUACCCGUUCACCCAAUUCAAGCUGCAAACACAGUAAAAUUUAAGUUCAUUGGCAGAAAGCUUCGGAUUGAUAGGGAUAUAACUACCUGAAAAAUACAAGGAGAAUUUCGACAUUUCGAGCGAAGGCGCUUCGUCGGGAAGUUAGCAGACACUUAAAGGCGGAUUUCCAUUCAAUGCAAAAUGUCGCACGAUCGAUCUUUUGCGAUCGCUUUCUUUUGAAAUAUGUGCAGUCAACUACAGCUAAUGAGAUUUGUUCUGUUUGACUGUUUGUAUUUCAAAAUAUUUCAAUAGUUUGUAUUUCAAUAUUUUGCCAAGUGCCCUUUUCUUGCGUGAAAAAUAUUUUAAGGAUUGCCUUUUUUUGCCCAAAGGGCUCUUUUCAAAACUUGAAUUUAUGUUAUUUUCCGGAAAUUUUUUUUCAUUUCCGGGAAAAAUAUGAUAUGUCCGAAAAUGUUUUUGGUAUAUCCGGAUAAUUAGGAAAUUUGGAUAUAUCCGGAAAAAUUUUUUUGGUAUGUUCGGAAAAUUUUUUUUGAGACCUCCCCCCCCCCCUUUUAGAAGCUUCCUACGUACGCCCCUGUCGAUCGCGCAACAUUUUGCACUGAAUGGAAAUCCGCCUUAACGCUUGAAACGUCGAAAUUCUCCUUGUAUCACCUACACUGAUCCAAACUGUUCGAGAUUAUAAAUGAUUGGUAACCUAUGUUCUAUUCUACGCUUACAUUAUCAGUACAGUGGUAACUACGCCUUGCGAGUUGUCCGAAAAUGUGAUUGAAGCUGAACAAACGGUCUUAAUAUUGUGUUUGGUUUGUAUAAUUCAGAUGAUGAUCCCUGUAAAGACGUGUUGUGCAGUUCCUAUGCCAGAUGUCUAGUAAGAGAUGGUUCACCGAUUUGUCAAUGUCAUCCUGGGUACUAUGGUGAUGGCCAGAUCUGUAGAGGUAUUCGUAGAUCUCGUCCAUAGAUAUCUUAUAUACACUAGAUAGCGCAUCUCUUUUAGUAAAAUUGAAGCCAAGAAUAUUCCAGCGGUUACCCCCAUUUGAAUAGAUGGCGGCCAUGUUGGUGUUUCCCACUCGCUAAUAAACGCUUAAAAAACAACAAUAACUUUCAUCAUUUGAAUAGUUUAAAAAUGUAUUUGCAAUAUGUUUACCUUAAUAUUUAAGUUCCCUGUUUAAGAAGUAGAAAACAUACGAAUCUCCUCAUUUCAUGGGAAUAUCCCGAGUCUGCAAUCACGGCUUCAAUUUUUGAAUUGUAGAAUAAUUAGAUGCACUAUCUAGUGUAUAUAAGAUAUCUAUGUUCUCGUCAGUAGAGAAGUUCAGAUUUUGAAUUCCGUUACCAUUGCCAUUAACCAAUCAGAUGCAUGUAUUCUACCCGAUUAACCAAUCAAAUGCGUAUUAAGGCAGUCCCGGUCAAACCAGGAUGAGAGUUGAUGACGGUUGCAAUUCUCCCUCGCUGACCGCCAACUCUCACAGACUCUCUCAUCGACUUUAAGCCCAUUUUCCACUAGGCGAAUUUGUUCGCGCAUUACGAAGCGAAAAACAAAUCUUGGCAAUGUGAUUGAUCAGCGAAAAAAUUCGCCACGAAAAAGUUGGAUUAGUUCCUACUUUUUUACCGUCUUGCGCGAACAAAUUUGCCUGGUGAACAAAUUUUGCCUCGUGCGACUGCAAUCUCGUACUCAAAGCAUACCCGUUUGCAGGUUAGAUGGUGAUCCACUACACACAUAAAAACGCACAAGUUGUAACAAACCUGCAGCAGACUUGUAGCAAUGCUGUCCCAACAACUUGUCAACAGGAUGUGUUCGCACUGCUUGUUCCGCAGUUGACAACUUGCUGCAAGGUUGUUGAACUCAACAGACUUGUUAUCAGUUGUUCCAACAACUUGUUAUCGUCCUGCAAUUCAAUAACUUGUCAACAAGUUGUGAGUGACAAGCUUGUAGCAACUUGAUAAAAUAACAGCAUUGUCACAACUUGUUGACAAACUUGCUACAGCCUGUUGCGAACACAUCUUGUUGACAAGUUGUGAGAUGUUUACGUAGUGCAACUCUUGUUCUCGUUUGUUGCAAUAUGAGGAAACACUCGUGCACUCCCGCUUGGCAAAUCUCAUCAACUAUUUUUCUCCUUUAACCGAGGUUGAAGUGAAUGCAUAUAGCUGCCACUGUGCAUUUGACUUUUCCCGAAUGAGAUAUAAAAAUAUCGAUAAUAUGGACCAGAUUGAUUUUAGAUAAGCAAAACAUUAAAGCAAAACAUAAAACAUAGAGCAAAGAAAUAUGGAUGAUGUACACCAGCUUUAAUUUUUCUUUUUUUUCCAGAUUACAACGAGUGCGAGGCGGAGCGCGAUUCUUGUGACAAGAACGCCAGAUGUGUAAACGUUGCUGGUGGGUAUAAAUGUUUCUGUUUGCCUGGUUUCCUUGGAGACGGCUUCUCUUGUGAAAGUAAGUAUGACAGACUAAGAAGAUUCCUUUUACAGUUUUACCAGCCUCGUACAUAAGCGCUUUGGUGGGUUUCGCCGUCGCGUGACACGCGUGGAAAUCGUCCCGCGUCCUCUUCACGCGACUGCGGAGCAAUAGCUGUUAUUGUAAUUGAAUACGUCUAUGCUACGGACCAGCGGUAUCUGCAUUAUUUUGACAUGGAGACGAGGCUAUAGGGUCGUGUUUUGUGUUUUUUUACCCUUUUUCGUGCGUACUUCCACUGAGAUACCGCUGGUUCGCCGCAGCGGCGUAUUCAAUUACGAUAACAGCUAUUCAAAAAUCCCUAGCUACUAUCCCGAUUGUAUAGUUAGUUGAUUCAAAUUCAUUUAUCUUCGCGUGUCAAGGUGACGGCAGUUGUGGAGGCAGGAAGUGUCAUAGAAAUGCUGAAUGCGCUGAAAUUGACAGCGUCAAACAAUGUCAAUGUAAAAAAGGCUUUCUAGGCAGCGGUCUUGUGUGUGUAGGUACGUCAUGUUUUACUAUUAACAUCUCAUGAAACCCUAAAUAUUCAUCAAAACAGGCACCUUAUACAUAGUCGGUUAAUUAGCCUUUCUCAUGAGGUUUCAUCUUUUUUUUAUCAAAUUAUAUCUCAGAUUUAUAUUGCAUUUUAUUCAGAUUUGAGUGUAAUGGUACAGGUUUAUUUAGUAUCUGCAACAUCGUAAAUCGUACUUCAUUCUUUUAGACGUCAAUGAAUGUUCAAACACCACACGGGUUGAAUGUCCUCCAUUCUCGCGAUGUUUUAACACACUUGGAGCUUAUGAAUGUCGAUGUGAUGCCGAUUAUGAGUGGAAUGGUGUCGAAUGUAAACGUGAGUUUACCGACAUUUUUUUGUACAAUCCCAUCUUGUUCCCAGGGCUUCUCGGCUGCCUGACGUUGCAACGCCAGGCAUCCGAGAAGCCCUGGGAAUGAGGAUCAUACAAUCUCAAUCUCUUACCAGAGGCCAGUUGCUCGAAAGCUGGUUAGCUUAUUCCUAGCAAAUUUCCCAACAGCUUGUUUACACAAUUAGACGUAUUUUUCCAGAAAUCGUGUCUGGAUCAAUAAAAGUUUUACUUUCCAAAGUUCUAAAACAAAUUGACAUCCGGACAUGCGCAAACCAGAAUAGCGUGCCAAAUUUUAACCUAAGGUUAGCGCAAAUUGUGCUUUGAACAACCGGAAAGACCACGUAUAUUCAUUUGGCAAAGUUUUGAUUCGAAAGCCCAAAAUGAUAAUUUUUUUGUGUUUUCUUCAUGAAUUAUUAUUGAGUUUGACAAGAUUUCAUACAAGUUUGAAUGAAGUAUUGUUUGUUUUUUUAUUCAGUUGUUUGCUUACGUUGUUUGAAUGGAGGUCAGUGUCUGAAAUCAGGAUGUUUGUGUCGAGAAGGAUACUCAGGAGAAAGAUGCCAAUGGGGUAAGCUUUAACCCUUUAUGAUCUGCGCAGAUACCCUCGGGAAACUUGAGUAGGAGUCGAUGUUUCAGAAACAGAUAAGAAUGUUUUCUUUUUUUACGUAACCAGGACCUAACAAUCUUAUUGAUAUUUAUCGUUUUACAGUUGGAGAUGAAUUCUUAGUUUUCACUCAAGGCAGUACUAUGCAACGUCUUUCCUUACCCCCCACACAAAGCAGCAUCGGUGUGUUACUGCAGACGACACGUGGUCUGCUCGUGGCUUUGGAUUUUGAUCACAUGAACAAGAUGAUCUACUUCACCGACGUGGCGCGAAGAACAAUAUGGCGCGUCGCUUUUAAUGGGACUGGAGCCGAGGAAAUUAUUUCCGAAGGUCUUUCGAGUCCCGAAGGUGACUGCUUAUAGAUCUUAUCAUGCAAAUAUCAGACCAAAUCACGCGCUUAGGACCUUUGCCACCAAUUUGCCACCAUCAACACACGUAAAAAUCUCACAUCUUGUAACAAGUUUGUCAACAAGCCGUCAACAAGUUGUCUUCGCACUGCUUGUCACAAGUUGUCAACAAGUUUGGAACAAGCUUGUUGAUAUUAUCAGACUUGUUACAAGGUUGUUCCAACAAGUCCGAUACAGUCCUGGUAUAACAAUAUUGUUACAACCUUGUGUCGUCAACCUUGUAACAUUCUUGUUAUAUCAUGACUGUAUCAGACUUGUUAGAACAACCUUGUAACAAGUCUGAUAAUAGCAAGUGCAAGCAAUGGAAACAUUUGACACCCUCUCCCCACUCCCAUAAGAAUCAAAACAUUCAAAGUUGACUACGAUCAGUACAAUGUGUACCGCCAUAUAAAGCACUUAAAGAAAAUGAUCUAUAUAAUAUUUUCUUAUAGGAAUCGCAGUUGAUUAUGUAGGCGGCAACCUGUACUGGACAGACUCGAUGUUUGAUCGUGUCGAAGUUUCCAAACUGGAUGGCAGUGAUAGAAAAGUUUUGUUCUCAACAAGAUUGAUCAAUCCAAGAUCUAUUGUCGUUCACCCAGAGAGAGGGUAUGUAUAGAAUUACACACGUAAAAAUCUCACAACUUGUCAACAAGAUGUGUUCGCAACAGGCUUGUAGCAAGCUUGUCAACAAG